UCUCUUCAACCCGAUCACGAUGUCGCACGCUCUCAACUUGUCUUCACACUCACCGUCAGCUUUCACAAUCUCACGUCCAUCACUUUUCCUAUCAACCGCUACUAAUUUACCGUUACCCUUGAAAAAGCCGUUACGUACGUUAGUUGUGAAGGCGUCCACGUCAGAUCCGGUGUUAGUAACGGAUAACGGUUCAGGUGGGGUAUUAUCAGGUACAACGCAGGAGUAUAGUAGUAACAAUGGUCCGGCUUCAAUUGAAGUGGAUACAGUAACAGAAGCAGAGUUAAAAGAGAAUGGUUUUAGGAGUACACGUAGGACGAAAUUAAUUUGCACAAUUGGUCCUGCAAGUUGUGGGUUUGAACAAUUAGAGGCAUUAGCUGUUGAAGGAAUGAAUGUAGCUAGGAUUAAUAUGUGUCAUGGUACACGUGAAUGGCAUCGAAUGGUAAUCGAGAGAGUUAGGAGAUUGAAUGAAGAGAAAGGAUUUGCUGUAGCUAUUAUGAUGGAUACUGAAGGUAGUGAGAUUCAUAUGGGUGAUCUUGGUGGUUCUUCUUCUGCUAAAGCUGAGGAUGGUGAAAUUUGGAAUUUCACUGUUCGUGCAUUUGACCCACCACUUCCAGAACGCACCAUCACUGUUAACUAUGAUGGUUUUGCUGAAGAUGUGAGAGUGGGUGAUGAUCUACUAGUAGAUGGUGGAAUGGUGAGAUUUGAAGUGAUUGAGAAAAUUGGCCCAGAUGUUAAGUGUCUUUGUACGGAUCCUGGGCUUCUUUUACCUCGGGCUAAUCUGACAUUUUGGCGGGAUGGUAAAUUAGUGAGGGAACGCAAUGCUAUGCUUCCAACAAUUUCCUCAAAGGAUUGGCUAGACAUUGACUUUGGGAUUGCCGAGGGUGUUGAUUUUAUUGCUGUAUCAUUUGUCAAGUCUGCUGAAGUCAUUAAGCAUCUUAAGAGCUACAUUAAAGCCCGAGCUCGGGAUGGUGAUAUUGCUGUAAUUGCAAAGAUAGAGAGCAUUGACUCAUUGAGGAACCUAGAAGAAAUAAUUCAGGCAUCAGAUGGUGCUAUGGUGGCGAGAGGAGACCUUGGUGCUCAAAUUCCAUUAGAACAGGUUCCAUCAGAGCAACAAAGGAUUGUUCAACUAUGCAGGCAGCUGAAUAGGCCUGUUAUAGUGGCUUCCCAGUUGCUGGAAUCUAUGAUUGAAUACCCAAUUCCAACUAGAGCUGAAGUUGCUGAUGUUUCUGAAGCAGUUAGGCAACGAGGGGAUGCUUUGAUGCUUUCUGGUGAAUCGGCCAUGGGACAGUUUCCUGAGAAGGCCCUGACUGUCCUGAGAAAUGUUAGUUUGAGAAUUGAAAGAAGGUGGAGGGAACAGAAACGCCAUGAAGUUAUUGAAUUGCCAUCCAUAGCAUCUUCAUUUUCCGAUAGUAUUUCAGAAGAGAUUUGCAACUCUGCCGCCAAGAUGGCUAACAAUUUGGAAGUUGAUGCUCUUUUUGUUUACACCAAGAAUGGGCACAUGGCAUCUCUCUUGUCACGCUGCCGUCCUGAUUGCCCAAUAUUUGCAUUUACAACGGCAACAUCUGUACGUAGACGUCUGAACCUGCAAUGGGGUCUAAUGCCUUUUCGCUUGAAUUACUCUGAUGAUAUGGAAAGCAACCUCAACAAAACUUUCUCCCUGCUAAAAGCUCGGGGCAUGAUCAAGUCAGGUGCCCUCAUCAUUGCUGUUUCCGACAUGCUGCAGUCUAUCCAAGUUAUGAAUGUCCCAUAAGUCAAAAGUUCUGUAUUUGAGUUUUGAGCUUGGCAACCUCAAUUAUAUGCCAAUUAAGCUAUUAGAAAGUUCAACAAUUUGGUUCUGCUAGGGAGUAAUACAACUAUGAGCCACAUCCUUUUUCGAUUGUGUCCCCGUUUCAGGUGGAUAUCUCGAUGACAUUUGGUGUUACUGAAUUGUCAUGCGCUUGUAGUCAGCAUAGAUAUGUUGCAACAUGUACCAAGGUAGAUUAUGUACUCCCUGUUUUCCUAGGAUUCAGAGGAUGUAGCUUCUGCUUGAGUUGUUGAUCUAGAUGUGUCGGUGUCCCUUAGAAUAAUCGUGAUAAUUAUGCAUUCUGUUCUUAAAAUUAUUAUGAGGGUGUUGUUAUUGGUGUGUUUUCAAUGAUGUAUUGUUUUGGAUUUAAUUACACUUGGCCUAAAUAGAAUUGUUUAUCUGAUUGGCUGGUUGAAAGGA